AUGAUCAAACGCCUUCUGCUUCUCUUCUCGUGCCACGUGGCACUGCUCUCAGCGGCGCCGUCGUCACGAAUGUGCGCGUCGUUCGCAAAGUUCGCAGAGAGAUGGAAUCCGCUGCCAGAGACACUGCUCUCGUGGUCCAAGAACAAUUGCGACAAGAUCCAGCCGAGACCGAGAGACAUGUCGUGCGAAGACGUCGUCCAGUUCGUCGCCGACUGCAACUUCAGUGGAGGCGGCCCGGGACCGGGCAAGUUGGCGGACACGACCAACCGGCAGGUGGCAGACACGUUCUAUCAGAGAACCUACGAGAACUUUCCCCGAGUGCUUCCGAAGUACAUUUAUUACAAUGAGAACACCGCCCGAGAUUACGGUCAGUUUGGUAAUUGGUACUAUCCGAACUACUACCCGCCCACGUACCUCGGCUUCUUUGACGGAAGACCCGCCAGUAUGGCUCAACUGGAGAACGAUUACAAAUUCGCUCGAUCGGGCCACUACCCAUACAACAGGUUCGCGAGGCAAAGAACUUUGAAUAAUGGGGUUGGAAGAGUUCAGAGCCGACAAUAUAAUCAACAUUGGCCUCCAACAAACGUAUCUCCCCACUUGUCUUCAUGAUCUUUUCUACUGCGUCAGGGCUAGUACUGGCCAGAGACCACAGUCCUAUUUGGUAAGAAGCGAGUCGUAAUCGUCAUCUGAAACAUUCCUUCUCAGAACUACAAGGAGUACCGUCGUGACCAAGAUGCGGCUGCCGAACAGAUGUCGCAAAGGGAUCAGGACAUCAAGACUCUGCGUCGUCACCGUACGAGACAUCACGAUGAAGAUGACGAGUAG